AUGAGCUCCGAAAGUUCACCUACAGUCAACGUUCCUUCGGUUCAUGAGUUGGUUAAAAAAAGAUCACUGAAAUCCCAGAUCGAUACAUCCAUGGUGGUAAGCCAUAGAAUUAGUUCUCUGGUAAUUGAACAAUUGAAGUCGGAAAUACGCAACUUGUUUGAACUUCCAUUGGAGGAGAAAAAGAAGAUAUGGCAGCAACCAGGAAAUAUGGAGGGAUUCGGACACCACUUUGUGGUCUCAGAUCGCCAGAAGCUUGAUUGGUCAGACAUGUUUUACAUAACAGCUCUACCAAUUAACAUGAGAAAGCCUCAAUUAUUCGCUGGGAUACCACUACUACUAAGGGAGGCAUUGGAAGCUUACUCCCUGGGGAUAAAAAAGUUGACCAUGAGUCUACUGGGAAAAAUGGCUAAAGCUCUAAAUAUGGAUUAUGAUGAGACGGAAGAGUUAUUCAAUGAUUGCUCACAAAGAAUGAGAAUAAAUUACUAUCCUCCAUGUCCUAAGUCACAGCAGGUCUUAGGUUUAUCCCCACAUUCCGAUGCUGCUGCUCUGACAAUUGUACUACAGCUAAAUGAAACAGAAGGCCUUCAGAUUCGUAAAGAUGGAAUAUGGGUUCCUGUAAAACCCAUCCCUGGUGCACUUGUAGUCAAUAUCGGGGACAUGAUUGAGAUUCUGAGCAAUGGUGCAUAUCAAAGCAUCGAGCAUAGGGUAAUUGUGAAUCCAACAAUAGAGAGGCUUUCAAUUGCCUCAUUCCACUCAAUCAAUUCAGAUGCAGAAUUGGGGCCAGCACUUAGCUUGAUCGAUCCUCCAUGUAAACCAGCACUAUUCCGAAGAGAGGCAGUAGAGAAAUACUACCGAACCUUCUUUGCUCAAAAACUUAAUGGUAAGGCCAAUAACCUAGAUUUUUUGAGGAUUGAAAAUGGGCGAGGCGAUCAGUCCAAUUGAUUGCAAUCAUAUGCGUGCUCAUCUAUUUUCCCUUUUAGU